UUGGCUGCGUUCAGUACGACCUUACGAAACCACUUCUAGGUCUAUCUCUGAAGACUAGAGAGAUGGACUCCCACCAGACUCGCUAUGAAUGCGAUCCGGACUACGUUUUGGUGUCGUUUUACGAUUCCUCUCCGGAGUUUGACAGCCCCGAAAACUAUACCUGCGCUCCCCUGGGCGACACGUAUAGAGUGAACUAUGAGAGCUGCGUCACAACCAAUACCGAAAGCAUGGCCUUUGAGAGAGACAGCGCCCGGUUCGAGUGUCCGCAGCUGCCAGCCAUGGCCGGCAUCACUUCAUUCUGGUACACCCAGGAUCCAACGGUCUCGCACUGGAAUGACGUCACUUGCUGCACGAUCUCGGUCCGUUUCGACCCCUGAACAGUCGCCGCCACCGCCACUGCAAGUUGUACCAAAGGUGCCUGCUAUUGCCGACACGGGGCAGUGUUUCCUGGGGCGUCGGGCGCAUAUGUGUGUAGUAGGUGUUUGAGUAGGAACUUUCAUCCAGUUAUCAGACGUAGGAAUCUCCCUAGAGCUAGGUUUGAACCUCAUGCAGAUAAUAACUUGAUUGGAAACACGUCGAUAGCUAGAAUGCAGGCACAGUCUUUAUGCAGUGUGCACCUUUAUUGGUAAGAACGGUUUUGCCGAUUACAGCAAAAACGAAAACAUCCUUACCAGCAAAGCAUUUUGCAAUAAGUUACACAGAAAUGCAUAAAGAAACAAAUUCUGCAAACUUCUGGAAAUUUAGAGUUUUUCUUAGGAUCAUACCAGUUUCCAGUGACGUUCAGUACAAUUUCAGGAUUGGCAAUGGCAAUGGAAAUUCUAGGGAUGGGCUGCGAUGGCAACAUUUGCGAUGGUACACAGGUACUUGAUUUCUUCUUCCUGUGUAUAAUCUUUUUAUCUUCCUGUGUAAAGGCCUUUUUGCCAUUCAUCUUACGUUACAUUGCUGUAAAACCUCGUAUUCUUAUGCUUUCUACUCAGCUUCGAAUGCCUUAUCAUUGAAAUGUUAUGUCAAUGGUGACAAACGCAGUUGCUGAUGAGAAUAAAUCAGUGGAUGCUGACGCAA